UAAGUCUUUAAAAUAUUUUGGUGGCUGUCAGUGGUUGGGACAGCAGCAGAGCGAAAUAAAAUUAAAAUUGCAAUCGCGUUUCAAAAGUAAAGAAUUCUGGAGUGUUCUUUUGAACAGGACCUCUAGCGAUUAUGUCAUUAGCUUAUUAAAAGAAUUUGUCACGAUUGUGGGCGACUAACUGGGAAGCUAUCGAUCAGGUGCAAAAAGCAAAAGUGCUACGCGGGUGUGAAAGUUCAAUCGAAUUGGCAGCUGCCACCAACCCUCUCUGUGGUGCGUUUCAUUUUCGGAUCUUUCUCUCUCUCUGGUGUCCCACCACCCAACUCCACCAAAUCGAAAGUGCAGCCGAAGUAGAGAAACAGCAGCAGCAGCAGCAGGUACGUGAAGAAAACAUAAUACGUAUCGAAUCGAAAGAAAUUGCAAGAUACCAUCGGUAGCUCAACCAGAAGCACAUCGCCAGCAAAAGUGGGACAAAAUUGUUGUACUGGGCAUUGACUGAUCAUCUACGCGGUAGCGGUACAGAAUAAAAAAAUACAACUUAUAUUCACGAUUCAUCGGGCAAAAUGUCUUCCGCCCAAAAUCAGCAGGAGGAUUUGGAGGCUCGAAUUGCACGUAUCAAAAAGCGCAAUGAAGAGAUCGAGAAGAAACACCGGGAAGCAGAGGCUGAUCGUCUGAUGGCCAUGAAGGAAAACGCCAUGGUUGAAAUGAAACCCCCGAAAGAUGAGGACUGGCCUCGGGAACACAAAUACGACAAGAUAGAUUUCACUUACGAUUUGGACGAGGAAGCCUUGGCAGAACUCGAGGCAAAAAAGAAAGAAAAGAAUGCUUUCAUUCAAAAGAUUGCAAAGGAUUAUAAAGUUUUCGCCGAGGGAGAAGGUCCUCCACCAGAUCCGGCGUACAGUUUUCUAGCGGAUGUGGAACGAGACGGCGAAAAGGCUCCUCUACCCGGUUCGAAUAAUAUUCAGGGUAGAAUGAAUAACAAGGGUGGAAAUUUUGAUCGUAAAAAUCCCAACAACAGAAGUGGUCGCCUAGGAAGUGGUCCUGGCCCAGGUGGCAUUCGUGGAGGAGGUAGUGGUGCUGGACGUGGUGGUCUUCGGGGUGGGUUCGGUGGAAAUCUGCAGCGUUCUCAGUCGACUAAUGAGCACGAUGGUCGGAGACCGGAUCACACUCGACACGGAGGCCAUAAGAAUGGGGCACCUGGCCCUUUAAAUGAUAGCAAGUGGCGGCGUGAAGGAGCUGGUAGCAAGGACGAUGGCUGCAUAAACAAUUUUAGCAAUGGUGGAUACAAAGGGGAACCCAACUUAACCGUUUCUGUAUCCCAGGAUGGCGAAUUCAAGAGUGUGAAAGUAACAUCUCCUCCAAUCAUAGGAAGUGGUCGGGUUGGCCCUCGCCAACCAGCGAAACCACAGUUCCAGUUUCAGACCGACCCACAUAAUCCUCAUCAUCACCAGAAUCUGGGCGCUGGAAAACCUCAUCAUCGCAGCAACAAUGAGAAUUUUAAUCGCAAUGCUUCCGGACGAAAGUCUGACAAGGACGCGAAACGACUUCCCAAACCCGGCAGCGGUGGAGGACCAUCGCCUUCGCCGUCGUCGUCUUCAUCGUCGGCAAACGCAAGCAAUAAAUCGACCAACGGCGGAGGCAGUCUCCAGGAUCGACUCAAUCGCAACCGUGUGGUCAAUAUCGAUAGAAACGAAAACACGAUCCGUGUCAGUACCAGUGGCAGUGCCGCCGAAGCGGGCGCUGGAACGCAUGCUAAAGCUAAUGCCACUCUAAAAACUAUUUCAAAAAUAAUUGAAAAAAAUGCAGAGAUCGACGAGAAGCUGGCUCGUCAGAUGCAUCAUGAAAAUGAACGAAUGGUUAAUCGUAUGAAGGAGUUAAGAAUGCAAGAUUGAAGCAACGUGGUUUAAAGGCAGCUGAAUCGAACGAAUUUCAAGUAAAACAAUUGCCGCUUUUACUAAAAAAAGUAAAUCCAGUUGAAAUUGGUAGCACGCACGCACGCAUAACAUAUAAAUCAAUAACUUUUAGUGCAUAAAAAGAUAAAAUAAUUCACCCAUUUCUAAUGUACACGUUGCUGAAUAUAAAUUAAAAAAAUCAUCAUAUUAUGUGCGAAAAAGAACUUUGAUACCAUUAGCCACGUUAGCAGCUCGGAAUGUAACGGAACGUUGAUACUGGAAGGAUAUAUCGAUUUUACUGGAAUGCAGGCGAGCAAAUUUCGUGAAGAAACCAGUUUUAUUACUUAGAUUUUGUUCUAUUUAUUUAUGCAUCUAUUUUAAUCCUAGACUAUUCAAAUUAGUUAUUCGGCAUAUUUUAUCAGUACCGUGAGUGAAUAUCAAGUACGAAAAGUAUAUUAUUUGUUUUAAAUUUCGUAUCGUAAUCGGAAGCAUUUAGUGUACUCGUUUAACUUGUUAAAGGUCGAAAUUUUUGUCCGAGAUUACCAUUCACUUUUAUUAUGACUACUGUAUAUAGUUUUACAAGCAUCCAAUUGUAUGCGCAUUCAUAAAUGUUGAAAUAUAUUGAACAUAACAUUUGAAGAUAAAA